AGAGUCUGGAGCUUCCUCUCCUGAGCUCUUGCCGCUUCCUCUGGGCCCGUCUCUGUUCUUUGUGGCCAAUGCGGGCAGGCUUGCCAGAGGCAUGGCUUCUUUGGCUCUGUGAACGUGACCUGCAGUUCUGAGGCCGGAGCUCUGUGCGUUUGCAGGUGGCCUGCCGGCUCCGCGGAGGAUGGGUCUGGAUGUAUGGGACCUUUCUUCGCCUUUGCUGUUGCUGUGGGUAAACAGGUUUUACAUUUAUCUGGGCUGUGCUCUGGGCGCUACCCUUUGGAUCUGUAUCCAGAUCACCAUCAGGAAGCAGGCCGAGAGCUCUCAGGGGAAAAGUAUUCCAAAAACAACUCAGAAUCUGCUGACAAACGGCUCCCUCUCCCUCCAAAAGAAGCCGACCUACGUAUCUGGAGUGAAGAUUUUCUAUGGCUCCCAGACUGGUACUGCCAAGGGAUUUGCAUCAAUUCUUGCCAAAGCAGUCACCUCCCUGGACCUGCCUAUUGCUGUUAUUAAUCUGAAACAGUAUGAUCCAGAUGACAAUCUAGUAGGAGAGAUCACUAGUAAAACUGUCUGUGUCUUCCUGGUCGCUACAUAUACGGACGGCUGCCCCACCGAGAGUGCGGAAUGGUUCUGCAAGUGGUUGGAGGAAGCAGCAAAUGAUUUCCGGUUUGGCAAAACUUACCUGAAGGGACUGAGAUACGCUGUGUUUGGCCUGGGUGAUUCUGCCUACCAGAGCCACUUCAACAAGGUUGGCACCAAUGUUGACAAGUGGCUCUGGAUGCUUGGUGCUUGCCGGAUGCUGACUCGAGGGCAGGGUGACCGCAAUGCGGUUCAGAGCAAACAUGGCAGCAUUGAGGCUGACUUUGAAGCCUGGAAGUCCAAGUUCCUUUCCCGGCUGCAGGCUCUGCUCCAAGGAGAGAAGAAGACCUGUAGCGGGGAGUGCAAGAGAGGAAAGUGUGGGUCCAUACAGCAUGGCCCUGGGGAGGCAAAGCCUGAGCCUCAGGAGCAAGGCCAGUCACAUCCAAAGGAGGAGGAGCCCUUCGAGAGCAGUGAGGAGGAGGAGACUGGGUUCCAUGACCUCCAGAGCCUGAAUGCUGUGGUUGAUGUUGAGGAUCUGGGCACCAUCAUGAACCACAUGAAGAAGGAAAAGAGAGAAAAACAGCAACCAGAAGAUAAAACAGAGCACGUUGAAGACAAGGAGGAGAGAGCCAUGAUCACCCCUGCGCUCCGUGAAGCCCUGACCAAGCAAGGUUACCAGCUGAUUGGCAGCCAUUCUGGUGUGAAGCUCUGCAGGUGGACAAAGUCGAUGCUUCGGGGGAGAGGAGGUUGCUACAAACACACAUUCUAUGGCAUCGAGAGUCACCGCUGUAUGGAAACCACCCCGAGCUUGGCCUGUGCAAACAAGUGUGUCUUCUGCUGGCGGCAUCACACAAAUCCUGUGGGCACUGAAUGGCGGUGGAAAAUGGACCAGCCGGAAGUGAUCUUGAAGGAAGCGGUUGAGAACCAUCAGGACAUGAUCAAACAGUUCAAAGGAGUGCCAGGGGUCAAGGCGGAGCGCUUUGAAGAGGGAUUAGAGGUCAAACACUGUGCGCUGUCGCUUGUGGGAGAACCAAUAAUGUACCCAGAGAUCAACAAGCUGUUGACGCUCCUCCAUCAUCGUGGAAUUUCCACUUUCCUGGUCACCAAUGCACAAUUUCCUGAGGAAAUCAGGAACCUCAUACCAGUCACUCAGCUGUAUAUCAGUGUGGACGCCAGCACCAAAGACAGUCUGAGGAAGAUCGACCGCCCGCUCUUCAAGGAUUUCUGGCAGCGGUUCUUAGAUAGUUUAAAAGCCUUGGCUACAAAGCAACAACGAACAGUCUACAGACUGACGCUUGUGAAGUGUUGGAAUGUGGAUGAACUCCAGGCCUAUGCUGAGCUUGUGUCCUUGGGAAACCCUGACUUCAUUGAGGUGAAGGGUGUGACAUACUGUGGAGAGAGCUCAGCAAGCAACCUCACCAUGGCCAAUGUGCCCUGGCACGAGGAAGUGGUGCGGUUUGUCCGUGAGCUGGUGGAUCUGAUGCCUGACUAUGAAAUCGCAUGUGAACACGAGCAUUCCAACUGCCUCCUGGUUGCACACAAAAAGUUUAAGAUCAGUGGAGAAUGGUGGACGUGGAUUGAUUAUACCCGCUUCCAGGAGCUGGUCCUGCAGUACAACAAGAGCGGUGGGUCAGAGACCUUCAGUGCACUGGAUUACGUCGCCAGAACCCCACACUGGGCUCUAUUUGGUGCCAGGGAAAAAGGCUUUGAUCCCAAGGACACAAGAUACCAGAGAAAGAACAAAGUGAAGGACGUUUCCGGAUGCUGAGUUUAUCCGGCUUGUGGACCCAGGUCCAUCCCGGGGGCAAAGCUUGACAGCCAUGUUUCAGAGUUGGACACGACAUGAAACUGGACUGGAGCCACAGCACCAGCACUUCGAGAGCCUGGGACCUGCUCUGGGCUUCCUCCCAGAACCCAGAUCCUUUCCUGAUUUGAUUUCUAACAGGAAAAUCACUUGGAGGUGAAAGAGACAGCCAUUGUUGGGAUUUUAAUAGUUUAAAAUUUUAUUUUAGUCAAAUCUUCUAAAUGUUGUUUGUGAGUGUUCCCCAGGGAAUAAAAUCUUCCUGUCUCUUC